AGCUGCGCGUUCACCGUUAUCAUGAAGAGCGCCGGCUGGGUUGGAGCAGCCCUCCUGCUACUGUGCUCAUACAGUCAGGGGUAUUUCUUCCAAGACGGCUACGACCAUCAGUAUACCUACUCUUCUAUGUCGGAACUGUUCGGCCAUAAAAAUAUCACCACUGUUCUGAAGUUCAAGAUCAGAGCUCUCAAUACGACAGAUGAUGGAGGGAGACUGCAUUCGUUACGUGUGAUCAGUAUUGUGCAGUUUGCAGAUGGCAGAUACUUCAAUAACCCCAAAGGUUGGAAUUUAGAAACAAUAUUCCUGUUUGGGACCAAUAUUAAAGGAUCUAUUGACCUGGUCCAUGUUCAUCCUGAAGACGAGGACGAGCUGGUGGUCAUCAAGAAAGCUGUCACCGGUCUUUUCUCUGUUACUGUCAGGGAAUCUGGAGAAAGCACGGACUCUUACGAGACAACAGAUUUAGAUCACCUAGGCAAUCUGACGCACAAGUAUACCGUGGAUACAUCGCCAUCCGGGAGAACCCUGACUCGCACCCACUUCAGCCAUGAGAGAGCAGAGAGAACCCACCACAAGACUCUGCACUAUCAUGUCGACGGGACAUUACACAGAGGUCAUGCCUAUGACAAAAUCCUCCUGAAACCAAAAAACAGCAAAAAGAAAAAAGCAAGAGCUUUACAACCGGGAGAAAAGUUCUAUGAGAUAUCAACCUCAGGAGAUGUUCCUGAUAUAUGGACUGCUUCGACAACCAACAUACAACUGGACGGACAGAGCCGUGUCAGCAGUCCACUGGAGGAUAAAGAUCUGCAAGAUCUGGCACAGGACACACUUGAAUUCAAAAUGAAAAAGGUGCACAAACGGAUCCACGACGUGCAACAGAACAUAUCUCACUACCUGCAGUGUGUGCAUAUGUAUCCCGAGAAAGGUGACGCUAACCGAACCCAGUGUGUACAGGAACUCCGGAAGGUUCUUCAGGCACUACACCCAAAGGACUACAAGGAGUUUGUCAACUCGGUUCUUAACGUGUCUUGUGGAGCAGCGGAGUCCAACUGUUCGGUGGAAAGAUUCGUCUUCAUAGAUAUUGUCGCCAGAAUCGCUGAUGAAAUAUCUCAAGAACUUAUCGUCAAACAUGUUCUUAACAGGACAGACCCCGAUGAAGAGGAACUACGACAUGUGUUCAUACACUGCAUUGCCAUAGAGAAGCCGAUCAUGCAAGUCGUCCAAGCUGUAGAGGGUUACUGCUUUGGAUCCGGAGAUCAGCAUCAUGGUUCAAUAAACCUGACAGUGGUACAAACUCGGGCGUGUUUGGCUGUGGGAUCUCUUGCCAGGAACCUCCACCUCUACUCAAAUUCUUCAGAUGCUGUCAGACUGGUUGAGAAGAUUGAGACCUGGAUCACUAAACACGAAAUGCAUCCUCACUACAGACACAAAAGGUCAGUCCGUAUUGAAAAGGAUAGUCACUACAUUAUCUCCAAGAAGAUACUGCUCCACAGCCUUGGAAAUGCUGGUCAUCCACAAUCACUUAACAGAAUUAUCUCCCUUACUUCACCUGGACACGGUCACCACGACUGGCGACGUGCAGCAGUUGAGGCACUAAGGCACUAUCGGUGUAACCAGAGUGCGGGAGCAUUGCUUGAGAGUGCUCUUGGAGACGACAAGCAGAGUGUUAGACGAGCAGCCAGAUACCUGUACCUCAAGCACCCAAGGGCAAACAACAUAACACGUGAACAAGAGGACAUCAUGCUGAGCCACUCUUACACAUGGCCAGUAAUUGCCAGAAUGAGGAGAAGUGUGUCAGAUGCUGUUCUCUUCCAGUUUAGAUUAGCUUUGCCUGGCGCGGAUUGGAAAAAAGAGAUAGGGAACAGUGACAUUGGGGCCAGUUUCGGUGUCCUGUUUCAAAAUGAAAUAUCAGCAGUUUUCCGGCCUCUAAGCGGUUUUGUGGAUAUCGAUAUCGAUAACAAAGUAUGGGCCGAGGUACACAUCAGCUUGAUGAAGUUUUUCUUCGACAUCUUCCGCGUUGAAAUUUGUUACAAGGGUAGACUGGAGUACAAUGCAAACAUGCUUAAGGACAUAAGCGUUGGGUUAGCCCAAAACAUUACAGGGGUCUUCGAUAGCAUGGCAAAACAAAUCAUGAAGCCCAUAACUGAUGUAGCCACUAAGAUGACCUCUCAGUUUUUGGAACCUGAUGGCAAAACAACGAAGAGCAACUUUGAGCCUCUUGCAAACGCAGUAAAGGAUCUACCAGUGAAAACAGAUGCGGCCCUCUCCUCGGUUUUGAAACUAAAUAUGCUGACUCAGCAGUUCCAGGGUAUGCCUUGGGUGACUCGUCUUCAGCAAGCUGUGAAUCAUGCACAAGCAUUGGUAGAAGGAAUAAACACUGAUGCCCUGAAUUUCUACAUGAAACUAUCUGCUGAAAGUAUCGUGGCCUUGCCAGUGGGAGAAAAGGAAAUAAUGGACAGUGUCAACACAGCAACCAAACUGAUGGACAAAAUAGCCAAAUAUCCUAAGCAAGCAUUCUCACACUUAGAAAAGGCCAAACUUGGAUUCCAGCUUGGAAUGGGUCGAAUAUUUUCAGCAAAUUCUGUCAUCAGGAAAGCGACUUCUUUGCUUAAAGGGCAAAGUUCAUCCUGGAUGUCAGCAGGAAGCGAGAUUACACACGUCAUUUCUACAGUAAAGAGCAUUUUGUCAUCUGGGUUAAAAAAACACAGGAGAAAGAAGAGGACACCGUCACCGUUUGAUCAGGUUAAAGAUCUCCUUGAUAAAGUGGGGGAUUCAUCAGAUGAAAUAUACAGGAAAAUUGAGACACAGACCAACCAAGUGAUUUCACAACUGGAAUCCCUGAGGGACACAGAACCGCAAACGUUCCAGGAUGGACUUGAUCAUCAAAAAUUCACCACUGAAAGAAUACAAAAGGACUUCCAAUUGUUUCAAGGGGCUACAGAAGAGAUCAAGUCUACCAUACAGUCACUAUUUGGAUCGAAGUUUCAUCCUUCAUUUCCUAGCCAAAGACGUCCUUCAGAUUCCAGCUGCGGUAAAGGGACAUAUCCAUCUGACACUAGGAGCAAAUAUGGAACUGCAGGGAUCGACCUCGUGUUGAAUAAAGGAUGGAAGGUCAUUAAUCCGGUGGCUGGUAUAGUUCGCAAGACUGGCGCGUCAGAGGUCACCAUCAAACCAACUGAUUCAGACUUCAAACAGUAUGAGAUUAUCAUAGCCAACAUAAAUGCCUCAGUUGGGGAUGAGGAUAAGCAUUUUGAACAGGCACGGGUAAUAGGAACAUCCGGAGGCAACAACGGGUGUGACUGGCCUCACAUUCAUAUUGCUGUCAAGAAGAAAUCUCAAGGAGCGGGUGAUGACUUGUGCUUCUACAUGGACCCAUCACCCUUUGUCAAUAUUUUGAAACUGAAACCUGUCUGGCGCCAGGAAUGCAAAGACUUCAUCACUAAACACUUCGGACAAGUUGCAGAUCUGAUAUCGAUGCCUAAUUUUUUGAAACAGGUUUUGGGAAAGCUGAAACGAGAAGCGCUAGACUGGCUGAAAGGGUUUUCUGUUCAACUGCUAAAAAAAAUCAUCCCCCCAGAUUCGGAACUAGGGAAGGCCAUGAGCUUCACAAGCAGUAUUCUCGGAUCUCUGUCUGACGUAACACAACUGUUCACAGGAUUUGAGGGCCAUAUGAAUCAUUUCCUCUCUGCAAUUAAAACCAAUGUCAAGGGGAAAGAUUUUGGAUCAUUUUCGAGAAUGUUACUGGCAAAUGACCGCUUGAAGAACCGUGUCCCUAAACUGUCUGGUUUGCUUGGAAAUGCAACGUCAUUACUGACGAAAUUACCAAUCGGUAAUCUGAAAACAUUUGCAAAUGGUGGUCUUGGUAAACAUCUUAGACAACUUGGAAUUAUUCCCCAAGGAGGGAGACUAGCCAGCAUCUCUCUCCUGAAAACGUCCAUGUUUACAAUGUGUCCAAACUUUAAAACUGGCUUCCAGUAUGGCCAUGAUCAGAUGUGUACAGCUGAUGAAGAUUGUCUUGGAUUCUCUUGUCAUAUUGAUAUACCACUGAGCAAUAUUAAGGGUGGAAUCCCAUUGAAAGUCAAGGUUCAUCCUCUCGAGGCCAAGGUUGACGUUGAGCUGAAUGGUGAAAGAAUGAUUGCUCCCAAAGGCAACAGUGUCUUCUGGACGGAAUAUCGACCAGUUUCAUUCGGUCUCAAAAGUUCUGUGGAAAUACAGGGUGGAGAACUUGUAGUUUCGCUAUCUGUCAAGCCUUGCUACAGAUCAACGUGUGUUCAUGACAUCAAAAUCAUCAGGCAAUUAGCUUUUCAUCAGAGACACAAACAUGAUAUUUCUGCUACUGUACAAAACGGCAUUUCAAAGCUGGAAAGCAUGGACCUGUCCUCGAUCACGGAUCAACUGACGAACCUCAAUAUCCCUGGCAAAGAGUUCAUAGGACAGAUGAAUGAAAUGUUAGAUGGGAUGCUAACAAAGAUAACAGAGACAAAAGCUGACCCAGUUGGGGCUUUUACGGAGGAGAUGAAAGUUCAAGAUGAUUAUGAAGACAAUCAGGCUUAUCCACUUGGAAAACCCUUCUACUUUCCUUUCUUCCCACCUGGAUUGGCGACGUUCCUCAUAUCUAUUAGGACCUUUCCUACUUUUCAUAUGUACGUCAUCCCUUUAAGAAGAUUAAGGUGUGGUUAG